AGAGGUUCAUGCAGCAGCUCACUGAGUUUGCGGGGGAGCAGGGGAUGAGUGCGGGUCCUCUGAGGAACCUGAUGAAGAGUGUCCUCCUGGUGCCACAGGGAGCCCUGAAGAAGAACCUGGCAGCCGAGCUGAUCACAGAAGACCUCGUCACGUUAGGACUGAGCGAGGACAAGGCGUCUCACUUCUCACAACAGUGGGCGGAGCACUAUGCGGCGCUGUCCCGACAGGCUGUCGGUCAGACGCUGAUGGUCAACCAGCUGGUCGACAUGGAGUGGAAGUUUGGAGUGACUGUUGGCACCAGUGAGAUCCAGAAAGUGGGGAACAUCUUUCUGCAGUUGAAGCUCGUGGUCAGAAAGGGGACUUCCACUGAAAACGUCUACAUGGAGCUGACGCUCCCUCAGUUUUACAACUUCCUACACGAGAUGGAGAGAGCCAAGGCCAGCAUGGAGUGUUUCAGCUGAGUGUGUGUGUGUGUGUGUGAGAGUGUGUGUGUGAGUGUGUGAGUGUGUGUGUGUGUGUGUGUGUGUGUGUGUGUGUG